AUUCCAGCAUCCCUGGCAGUGUCGCAGUUCCCAGUAUUUACACUGUACGCGCAGAAAGUGUGUCUGCGCUCUGGGUACCCGGUCUGCGCCUCUCCCUGGGCCUACGAGACCGUUCCUGGUCUAGCAAUUACAGACCAGUUCCGCGUACACUCCAGCAGCGUCCCCUCCAGGAAGGAAUGUGUACUGAGCUGUGUGACACAAGAUCAGUUCAUUUGUAGGGCCGCAGCGUACAAUCCAGUGACCAAAAUCUGCACUCUUGCCAGCGUCGACCGCAACAUGGCUGGUCGCAAGCGGCUGUUGGAGUUAGAUGAGAAGAGUGACUAUGUGGAGGUCGCAUGCGUCCCUAAGCCGCAGAAACUCUGCGAGUUUCAGACGCUGCGGCACCGCAUCCUGAAGACGGUGGAUGCUGUGUACCAAGAUGUGGCCAGUGAUGCUGAGUGUAAGGAGAGGUGCAUGAGUGCUAACUUCACCUGCUAUUCCUAUGAUUUCAUGUCGGCCGGAGAGAAAAUAUGUAGGCUCUCCCACCACUCUACAGCGACCCUGGCUCACAUUCAGGAGCCUUACCUGGAGAUUGAUAAUGCAACUACACACGAGAGGCAGUCCUGCUACCAGGUGACGGUGGAGUGCCGCGGGGCGGAGAUGCUGGCACGUAUAUCUACGUCGACACUCUUCGAUGGUAAGGUCUAUGCCAAGGACCGCCCCAACUCCUGUGUUGUCGAUGUCAAAAGUGCCACUGACUUCGACUUCCUGCUCUCUUACAACGAUGUCAACUGUGAUGUCAUGCAGGAUGGCCCUGGCACCUUCUCUUCCAACAUUGUUAUACAGCACCAUGACAUGAUCGUGACCUCGGCCGACCUGGGUCUUGCCCUCCACUGCAAGUACAACCUUGAGAACCAGACGGUGACCAACUCCCUCCUGUCUGGCCUGGAGGUCAAGGGCGCCGUCGACACAGACGAGUUCUUCGAGGAGACGAUCGUGGAGUCUCCCAAUGUGGUGAUGCGGGUCACUGACGUCAAGGGUAACGACAUCAUUUCAGCCCAGGUGGGUGACAACCUGGCCCUGCGCUUUGAGAUAACCGACGAAAAGAGUCCAUAUGAAAUCUUCAUGAGGGAACUGGUGGCCAUGGAUGGUCAAGACACCUCUGAGAUCCUUCUUAUUGAUGAGCGGGGAUGUCCUACCGACCCUACUAUCAUGCAAGCUGUUGUCAAGGUCGGGUCUGGCGCCGUGCUCCAUGCACCUUUCCAAGCCUUCAAGUUCCCCGCAUCCGAAGUGGUGCAGUUCCGAGCACUGGUCACACCCUGUCUGCCUCGUUGUGAACCUGUCCAGUGUGAUAUUGCAGGCUUCGAUGGCAUCUUACGCCGGGAGGUCUUUGGACGCAGGAGAAAACGUGAGGUUCAUGAGACUGGCAUCAUGGUGGCCAAGUCCGUCCACAUCACGGACAAGUUUGACUUCUCGGCCCGCCAGGAGGACAUUGAGAUGGAAAUGGCCGAGGGAAGCUGUUCCAGCUUCACGGGCGUGGUGGUGGCAUGUGCCCUCUUUCUGGCUGCCCAACUGGUCAUGUUGAUGGCCUGGAGUUACCUCUGGCACAAGAAGAGAGCUACCAAACAGAUCGACCCUAAUCCGCCUUCCUCCCUCUACUUUGGCAGCUCCUCGCGCACCUCCUCCACCUCUUACCUUACCGACUAGCUGGACUCCACUUUUUGACCAGCGAGACCCCACAUUACUGACUAGCUGGACUCCACUUUUCUGACCAGCGAGACCCCACAUUACUGACUAGCUGGACUCCACUUUUCUGACCAGCGAGACCCCACAUUACUGACUAGCUGGACUCCACUUUACUGGCUACAGAUGCUCCUCAUUUUACGAUGGUUCGAUUUAUGAUAUUUCAACUUAAUGACGGUGCU